CUCCCACCUAAAAGUCCUCACAAAGUUUAUAGUUGGUUUGGGUUACGCGCACUAGUACAAUGGCUUUGAACACGUUGCUGGCGACCCUUCUUUGCACGAUUGUGCUUCCAAUCUUUCUCUUUUUAGUCGCGGUGAAGUUAUGGGAGGUUUAUUUGAUCCGUGGUCGGGAUCCCAGCUGUCCAGCCCCUCUUCCUCCUGGAUCCAUGGGCUUACCUUUCAUCGGAGAGACGCUCCAACUCCUUCUCCAGAGGAGAAAGUUCCUGCGGAUGAAACGGCAGAAGUAUGGAUGCAUUUACAGAACGCAUCUCUUUGGCAACCCCACGGUGCGCGUCAUGGGCGCGAACAACGUCAGACACAUUCUGCUGGGGGAACAUAAACUUGUCGCGGUGCAGUGGCCCGCUUCCGUCAGAACUAUUUUGGGAUCGAACACGCUCUCCAAUAUGCACGGGACCCAGCACAAAAACAAGAAAAAAGCUAUAAUGAGAGCGUUCUCCCGGGAUGCCUUGGAGCACUACAUCCCGGUGAUCCAGGAGGAGGUGAGGAGCGCCGUGAGGCAAUGGCUACAGAAGGACUCCGACGUUCUAGUCUACCCCGAGAUGAAGCGCCUCAUGUUCCGCAUCGCCAUGAGGAUCCUCCUGGGCUUCGACCCGGAACAGAUCGAGACCGACGAGCACGAGCUGGUGGAGGCUUUCGAAGAGAUGAUCAAGAACCUUUUCUCCCUGCCGGUAGAUGUCCCCUUCAGCGGCUUGUACCGGGGAUUGAAAGCCCGAAAUUUAAUCCACUCCAAAAUCGAGGAGAACAUUCAGAGAAAAAUAGACAGUGGAAAAGAGGUGAAACACAGAGACGCGCUACAACAGCUGAUCGACAUCAGCAGGAACAGCGACGAGCCAUUCAGCAUGCAGGCAAUUAAGGAGUCAGCCACAGAGCUUUUAUUUGGAGGCCAUGAGACCACUGCCAGUACAGCCACCUCGCUGGUCAUGUUCCUGGGACUCAACCCUGACGUGGUCAACCAACUCAGACAAGAACUGCACCAGCAGGAGGAACGAGGUGUGGAUCUGCUGGGUCAGAAUGUGAACAUGGAGGUGUUGGAACAGUUAAAGUAUACCGGCUGUGUGAUCAAAGAGACGUUGAGGAUGAACCCUCCUGUUCCCGGAGGCUUCAGAGUGGUACUGAAGACUUUCCAACUCAAUGGUUACCAGAUCCCCAAAGGCUGGACCGUCAUCUACAGUAUCUGUGACACCCACGACGUGGCCGACGUGUUCCCCAACAAAGAGGAGUUCGACCCGGAGCGUUUCAUGGACGGAUCCUCCGAGGACUCCUCGCGCUUCAACUACAUCCCGUUCGGCGGCGGCUCCAGGAUGUGCGUGGGCAAAGAGUUCGCCAAGGUCCUCCUUAAGAUAUUCCUGUUGGAGCUGACUCUGCGAUGUGACUGGACUCUAUCGAACGGCCCGCCGACCAUGAAGAUCGGCCCUACGGUCUACCCCGUUGAUAACCUGCCCACUGUGUUCCGCCGUCACAGCCGCACCUAGUGACCAUUAAAAACACACCUCCAUAUUAAAGCUAUGAAAUUGUAAAUAUAUAAAUAUUGUA